AUGCAAACUUUAAAAGCAAGCUCCUACUACCCUUCCUUAUGCUUAUAAAAGCAUCUUCUCUUCCCACCAAAUUGCUAACACCAUCACCCUAUACCACUCUCUCUCUCUCUCUCACACACACACACAGGCAGUUAGCCAUGAUGUCAAGGUCCAAGCAACCACUAACUUUGGGGAGAAUAGUAGGUGAAGUAGUGGAUGAUUUCACCCCUGGUGUGAAAAUGAAUGUUACUUACAACUCCAGCAACCAUGUGUGUAAUGGGCUGGAGUUGAUGCCUUCUGCUGUCACUGCAAGGCCUCGAGUUGAGAUAGGCGGCAUGGACAUGAGGACUUUCUACACUCUUGUCAUGACAGACCCAGAUGCUCCUGGCCCCAGUGAUCCAUACCUAAGAGAGCAUCUUCACUGGAUUGUUACAGACAUUCCAGGUACAACAGACGCUUCCUUCGGGAAAGAAAUGGUGGAGUAUGAGACACCAAAGCCUAUCAUCGGUAUCCAUAGGUAUGCAUUCAUUCUGUUCAAACAGAAGGGGAGACAAACAGUUGAGGCACCUCCAUUGAGAGAUCAUUUCAGUACCAGAAAGUUCUCAGAAGCCAAUGGUCUGGGCCUCCCAGUGGCUGCACUCUACUUCAAUGCACAGAGAGAAACAGCCGCAAGAAGAAGAUGAUCCUCACCAUUACAUGAAUAAACUAAGCCACUUGAGAGAAAAAGAGAGAUCUAGAGAGAGAGAGAGAGAGAGGAUGGAUGUACUCUUUACGUCAUUUUCAUUUUCAUUACGUACUGUACUAGUUAUAAGUAGACGAGUGGUCUUGAGCUCUCUUCUUUGGUUAGCUCCAUUUCCUCUUUUUUUUUUCCCCCAAAGAGAGGACAUGCAGAGGUCCAACUCAUCUUUUGUUUGUCUUUUCCAAGUUUUUAUAUCAUGCCAUGCAUGGAUCCGUAGAGAGGUGGAUCAUUGUUGGUCACUUUUUAUAUGAGUUAUAUAUAUCCUUGGUCUUGAUCUGGUUUCUAACUCAACUAGGUCAGUUUGAUAAUGAAGUAUGGAUCAUGCCCUAACCAUGGAUUUAAUCCUCC